CAUUAUAUCAACUUACACGAACCGUUAGACAACCAGAUUUACGUGUAGUUGUUGCACUCCACAAUCCACAUGUUAGCAGUAGAGGCAUGAGAAUUGACCGAUCUUUUUCCUGAAACUCUCUCAUUUUCGAUUCCCAUGGCACGUUAUCAACCGCUGCGCUCUGUCACUGUCGAGGAUAUUCAGGCGCUGCAGGGAAUCUCCGCCGCCGCCGCUGCCCAACUCCACCGAAAGCUUACCGAGAUAGUUGCUAAAUACGGAGCUGACGCUACCAAUACAUGGCGGCACAUCUCUCAAUACCUUCUUACUCCGGACCUUCCCUUCGCCUUCCAUCAGAUGAUGUACUAUGGCUGUUACUUUGACUAUGGACCUGACCCGCCUGCUUGGUUGCCCGACCCGGAAGCUGCUAAGUUGACUAACAUUGGUAAGUUAUUGGAGCGACGCGGAAAGGAGUUACUGGGGUCAAGUUAUAAAAAUCCUAUUUCAAGCUUCUCUGAUUUUCAAGAAUUUACAGUCUCAAACUUGGAGAUGUACUGGAAGAUCAUAUUUGAGGAAAUGAAUAUUUCUUUCUCUGUUAGUCCUGAAUGUAUUUUGCUUGAAACUCCAUUGCACCCUGGUGGUCAAUGGCUUCCUGGAGCACGUUUAAAUCCUGCCAAGAAUUGUUUGAGGUUGAAUGCAAAGAGGAGUUUGAGUGACAUAGUUGUGAUAACUCGUGAUGAAGGAGAUGAUGAGGCACCUGUUACCAAAUUGACUCUUGAGGAACUAAGAUCAGCAGUAUGGAGAGUCGCAUAUUGCAUUGAUACACUGGGAUUGGAAAAGGGAUCUGCCAUUGCCAUAGAUAUGCCAAUGGAUGUCAAUUCCGUAGUGAUCUACUUGGCCAUUGUUAUUGCGGGUUAUGUGGUUGUCUCAAUCGCUGACAGUUUUGCUCCAACUGAAAUUGCAACGAGGCUCAUGAUAUCAAAAGCAAAGGCUAUUUUCACUCAGGAUUUCAUUAGCCGUGGUGGCAAAAAACUUCCAUUGUACAGUAAAGUGAUUGAUGCUCAAUCACCAAUGGCGAUUGUAAUUCCCAAUAGAAGCUCCACUUUGAGCAUAGAAUUGCGUGAUGGUGACAUUUCAUGGCAAGAUUUCCUAGAAAGAGUAGACAAAUCUAACAGGGAAGUUGAGUAUAUUGGGGUGGAACUACCUGUUGAAGCAUUCACAAAUAUCCUUUUCUCUUCUGGAACAACAGGGGAACCAAAGGCGAUUCCAUGGACUGCGACUACACCCCUUAGGGCGGCUGCUGAUGGAUGGUCCCACUUGAACAUUGGCAAAGAUGAUGUGGUGGCAUGGCCCACCAAUCUUGGAUGGAUGAUGGGCCCUUUGCUAAUUUACUCCACUCUGCUAAAUGGAGCAACCAUGGCCUUAUACAAUGGGUCCCCCCUUGGUGCUGGUUUUGCAAAGUUUGUUCAGGAUGCUAAAGUUACUAUGCUUGGCGUGGUCCCAAGUAUUGUGAGGGCAUGGAAAUCCACAAAUUGCACUGCUGGUUAUGAUUGGUCAUCCAUCUGGUAAUUCUUCUUAAACAUUUUCAAAA